AUGUUGGCUGACCAGCUUGGUUUAGAACCCAGCACUGCCCUGGCUGGUGUGGCUCAGUUGGUUGAGUGUCGUCCGGCCAUCUUAGCAGCUCAGAGACGAGGAGAAGAUGUGGAGACUUCCAAGAAAUGGGCCGCUGGCCAGAACAAACAGCAUUCGAUCACCAAGAACACAGCCAAGUUGGACCGGGAGACUGAGGAGCUGCACCAUGACCGAGUGACCCUGGAGGUGGGCAAGGUGAUCCAGCAGGGCCGGCAGAGCAAGGGACUGACGCAGAAGGACCUGGCAACUAAAAUCAACGAAAAGCCACAGGUCAUCGCGGACUAUGAGAGUGGACGGGCCAUUCCUAAUAACCAGGUUCUGGGCAAAAUCGAGAGAGCCAUUGGCCUCAAGCUCCGGGGGAAGGACAUUGGGAAGCCCAUUGAGAAGGGGCCGAGGGCAAAAUGAACACAAAGCCUCGAAGGCAGCACGUUCCGGCUGAUCAUGUCUGGCUGGUUCCCCUGACCACCAGCGCCAGCGUGGGUCUCCACAUGGCCAAGCGGAACACGGGGUGGCAGCCCUGCCCUGAAACCCCUCCACCCGACCUGCUGUCAAACUAAACCUUGCAAAGUGUUUGCUUCUCAUGAUUGUUUUUCUUCCCUACCCCCAUCCUGAGAUUGAGGUGCAGUACCCACCGCUCUCCCCCGAGGUGUUGGCCCGGGUGUGGGUGUGGGUCCUGGGGGAGCUGAGUGGGAGCCCUUCACAUGGGCGGGUGUGGGGUAGGGUGGCCCAGUCCAGGCCAGGAGUGGAAGAUGCCGCCUUUAGUCUGGCUGUUAGAGACGCUAAUAAACCUUUGCUGCCCUUCC